UUCGUUUGCUAGAUAGAUAAGAAAGAUGCACGUGUGCCGAGACCUUCAGUCUCAGAAUCGUCCCAUCCAGUCAGUCAGUCAGUCAGUCGGUCCACAUACAUUUGCACACCUAUACAGCACAGCCAGCCUCAUACGUCGACACACGCAGGCAGCGAUAAACCCCCACCAAUCCAAACACACCAGCAAAAUCCCAUGGGAUGCAUGUCGGUCGGUGUAGACUGUCCAGACUGGCUGUACAAACAUGGUCUUGGUAUACCAUUGUGUAUGUAUGAAAUGAAUGAACCCCAUGCCCGGAUAAUGCAUUGGAUGGUGGGGAUGGCAUGCACCCAUUCAUCCAUCCAGCCAUCCGUCCACCAUCGCCACAUGACAUGCACACAUGUCAUCGAUGGAUGGAGGCCAGGCCCACUGACAAUCAGCGGGCGGCCGGACCCGUCACCCCUCGUCUCUCUCCGGAGCAUGUAUGCAAUGCGUCCGUCCGUCUGUCUGUCUGUCUGUCUGUCAUCAGUCAGCUAUAUGUUGACGACGUCCAACCCAGCUUCCCUCCGCCUCUCCACAUCCUGAAUCAGCGACGACCAGAUAGGGGCACCCACCUGCAUCACACACACACACACACAUACAGUGUCGAGUGAGUCCCUGUAGAUAUUCUCCGCCUGUGUGUCUGGUGAGGAUUCGCCGUAUGAGUGAGUGAGUGAGUGUCUCAGUUGGUCCCUACCUUCCUCGUCCCCACGCGUCCGUUCUUCUUUAUGACUAUGAGGAGUCCGUCAUCUAUCGGGUUCAGCUUUUGCUUCUCAGCAGUCACCAACUCACUCUGCAAACAGGGAUACAUACACAGACAGCGCGCAGCGGGUGGAGAAGCUUCUUUCGUGCACAUGUAUGCGUGUCGACAUGACUGACAUACAUACCUGCAGGGUAUCAAUCCAUUGAUUGAACCCGAAAGGCAGAGCCACAUGUGGCUGACCCUCCCUGAAUCAGUGAAGAGCCGACGAGUGGGUCCAUAAUUCUCUUGGUUGCUUGGUUGCUGCCGCACACCUGCUUUCUAGGUCGGAUUGCAGGUUGAAGAGGGUAGCUAUCCUGGGCCCGUCGGUGAUCCUCUCGGCAUUGAGCUCGUCUCCUGUCUGGCCAAUCACGAGCGGCACCACCAACAGGUCAUUGGCCAGCAACUCACUACUCACAGGCACCGCUGAGUCCAACGACCUCUGCACGGCCUCUUUGCCUCCCAGGACAAUGGCAACCCGCUUCUCCCUCCCUCGCCGCCGCCUCAGGUCGGCCAGGCUCACCACAUUCGAGUCGUCCGCCAUCUGCAGCUGCAGCUGCACGCACAGCAAGAUCAGACAACAAGAGGACAUGGCGGUUCGUGUAAAGGUGGAUUCGUGGCGUCUUGCCCACCCCGAGUGCGGCCAGUUUGGCCCCCUGCGAUAUGCGUUCGUAUCGUGAGUUCUGCGAUAUGAGGUCUCGACGCCACAGGAAGGCUAUCACUGCUAUCGCGGCGACAUCGAUGGCCAGGUUCCUGCUGGCCUCGGGCAAAAGCUCCACGUUGAUGCCCGACAGUGCAGCAAUGGUCUGUGUGAGCGCCACGAGCCCACUCACCGCCGCACCAGCUGCAUGGCAUACAGGCAGAGAGGCAUGUGUGCAAGGAUCCAUUCAGCACCGCCCGCCGUCGCCUCGUGUUUGUUCACGUGUUGCGAUGACUCUCUUUCUUCUCUUACCUGCGCCGGCGAUAUACAGGGCGAAGCGCACUUUCCUGAACGGACUCUCCACCUCCUCCCUCAGCUUCGUCAUCAUCUCUUGGCCCUCGUCAGCCAUCCUCAACGGACGAUGUGAAUGAGACGGCCGCCGGGGGCCUGGCAGCCUUGUUGGCUUUAGAAACAACGCCGAGGAAG